CGUAAAAAUUUCCCUCCAUUUUUUUUUUCUUAUUUCGCGCUCUCUCUCCAAUCUUCUCCUCGCCUCCCCUUCCUCAAAAACCAACUCGAAAGCGAGAGCGCCAAACAAAUCGAACGCCCAUUUCCCCAACGCCUCGCGCCACCCGCGCCGAUCCGUUCGCCUCCGCCGCCGCCGCGGCCGCCUCGCGGGCUCCCCGGCGACCCCCCCGCUCGUUCCCGUGCCGUGCCGUGCCGUGUCGGCGUGUGCCCCCGCCCUGCCUGACCUGUCGUCGGUUGGAUCGGAGGUCCAAUGCCUCUUUUCAAGAGGAAACCUUUCUCCUUACUUGAGCCCCCCAAGGACUUGGAUUCUAAGGAGAAGGUUUUCCAAAUUCGGUUCACAAGGGAGAUAUUCCGAGAUUACCAAGACUACAUAAACAGGUUGAAUCUUUAUCGGCAAAGGGUUUGGUCAUGUAAGAUAUCCGGAAAAUCAAACUUGACUUUUGAAGAAGCUUUGGUCUCCGAGCAUCAUGCAGUGUCAAAGGCUCAGAAAUUACCCACAGAACUGAUGGCUCCUGUUCUUCGGAUGAUUCAAUACAGCACUCUUGGAUUAUAUGAGCUUGUUGAGAAGAUAUAUGCUAGCCUGCAGGAAGCUGUAUUUGAAGGAUUAGAAUUAUAUGCUAAACAGGAUGGUUUAGAGGCUGCUUGCAGGAUUUUGAAGAUUUUAGGGUCUGAUGGCACCAAGAUGUAUGAAGUUGGUUGGCUUCUUAGGGACAAGACUAUCAUCAGUACGUCAGUGAUCAAAGGUGAAGACUUGAUUCACCGGAGGCCACCUGUUAGUAGGAAUACGCUGAAGAUUUUUAUUAGAGAUGCAACUUCUCAAAAUGCCCCAUGGGUUAUACAUGAAAAUCUUGCCAAAAGAUAUGGCAUACCCAUUGAGCCCCCGAAUGACAUGAUGUUUGGUGAAGGUUUGCAAAAGAAAGGGAGGAAAAGACGUGAGGAUGGACCUAUGGGAGAUCCCAAAAAAAAGAUGAAGAACGAUGAGGAACACAUAAAUGUUCCAAUUAAGUACCCAAUAGAUGAUCUCUUAGUACAACCUUCUGCAGAUGAUCAUGCUUUAUUGAAGAGACCUCCUCUGGCUACAGAUUUUAGAGUACCAAAAUAUUCUGUGGGCGAUCUCCUUAUGGUAUGGGACUUCUGCUUGUCCUUCGGGAGGGUUCUGAAUCUAUCCCCAUUUUCACUGGUAGAUUUGGAGAAUGCAAUUUGCCACAAAGAAAGCAAUGCACUUCUUGUGGAAAUACAUACAGCUAUAUUCCACUUGCUUAUUAAGGAUGAAGGUGACUAUUUCACUAUUCUGCGGACCAAGAAACGGAAGCUAAAGGUGACUUUAGUAACAUGGGCUGAAUAUCUCUGUGAUUUCUUGGAAAUGACAAAAACUGAAGAACUCACCAGAAACAUUGCAACAGUAAGAAAGGGUUAUUAUAGUCUUAUUGAUACUGAUAUCAAACUUAAGAUUCUCCGGGAACUAGUAGAAGAAGCUAUUACAACUUCUCCUGUAAGAGAGAAACUAAGUGAACGGGUGGACCAGCGGCAAGCGCUCGCUGCGACUAAAAGAGAGAGUACUAGAAAGGCAAAGGAUGAGCAGAACUCAAGCAUUGAUGGAUUGCAAGAUGACAAUGAGAGUGUUGAUGAGCAGGGUAAGGGGAAAGAAGAAAAGGAUAAGAACAAUAUCUCUCGAAGCAAGACAGAAGGGAAACGCCAUGGGCACCUCGAAACAGAGAUUGAAAAAUUAUCCAUCCGUUCCAGCCCCCUUGGAAAAGACAGACACUAUAACAGGUAUUGGUUUUUCAGGCGUGAAGGAAGGCUUUUUGUUGAAAGUGCAGAUUCAAAAGAAUGGGGAUACUACAGCACUAAGGAAGAGCUCGAUGUGUUAAUGAGCUCACUGAACGUAAAAGGUUUAAGGGAGAGAGCUCUCAAACGGCAGCUGGACAAGUUGUACAGUAAGAUAAGUAAUGCUCUGGAGAAACGAUCAAAAGAAAUCACACACAAAUUGUUGCUUGAAGAGGCUGUAUUGCGCCGUUCCACACGUGUCCGGGCUCAACCAAGGGAUAACCCAUCCAUGUCAUUCCUGAAGUAUGUCAACAAAUGGAAGGAUAACUAAGUAGCCAAGAGGACAGCUUGUCCGCAGGUGGGGGAACUGAGCUAGCUACUCGAUGACAGGGUUUUGUUUUCAGAGGAACAUAUAUGAAGGUCUGAUGAGGUGGUAUGUUAUUUGUUAGCCAAUCCUCAUGGCUGUUCUUUGAGCAAUCAUCACUAGGUAGCAAAACCAAUUAACCUGUUGGUUUACAGCCUUACACUGGACUGAUAGAGCGCUACCAGAGCUAGUUUUUGGAGCUAUAUACCCAGUGUAACUUAUCUUACAUGUAAACAUGGUAUUAGCCUCAGGAACCAUGAGUUGCUAAACUGAUAUGCUGCUGAUGUUAUGCCGGUUUUGGAUUUAUCAGUCGCAGGGGAUACAUUUCUCUAUCAUUAUAUUGUUUUCACUUGA